AUGCAAGCCAACCACAUUAACGCCGUCUAUGAAGCAUGGCGCGAUGAUAAAGAUGGACUAUGGGAUACACGACAACUUGAAAAAUGGACUGACAUAAAAUUAGUGCAAAAAACAAAAUGUAUGGCCUAUAUCACAGAAACAAAAACAUGGCAGGCUACACUCAAAAGACGAGUAGCUAUAUUAGAGAAAUUUAUCGCAAUGAGAUCAAUGGAUGCCCGUAUUCCCACGGACUUCCCAUUACCAAUAUUGGCACAUUUUGAUGUUACAAUACCAAUUAUGCCCACUUUAAACAAACCGGACAUAAAACGUUUUGAAGAUGAAUUCAAACAAAUUUAUGGAGAUGCUAAACUGAAAAUGCACGCUUUGAUCUAUGAAAAAGUGGCGUUUGAACUCGAAUUUUUAGCAGAAGCACAAAAAACAAGUUUUGCAAAACUAGAAAAUUGCGAACCCAGUACGCUCGAACAUAUUAGAACGUUCACGGACGUGUUUUUAAGAAGAGAAAACAAAGUGCAAUUUUUAAAAGAUUAUCGCGAAUCGAUGGACGAAGAAGACGAAUUAUUGGAUGUAUCAACAAUCCUCGAUCUAUUCUAA